GGCGAGGGCCUUUGACCUCUGACCCAAGAUGGCGGCGCCCAGAGCCGUCGCUCCUGCUGCCGCCCUGGGGUGAACUAAGCCCGGGAACUCGGCGUCAUGUCCAAGUUAAGCCGGGCCACUCGGGCUCUCAAGAAGCCCGAGGCCGGCGGCGUGAUCCGGACCAUCGUGCGGGCGGGCCAGGCCAUGUCCGGGCCGCCUCUGGGGCCCAUCCUGGGUCAGCGGGGCGUGUCCAUCAACCAGUUCUGCAAGGAGUUCAACGAGAUGACCAAGGACAUCAAAGAAGGGAUCCCUCUGCCCACCAAGAUUUUUGUGAAGCCGGACAGGACGUUUGAAAUCAAGAUUGGCCAGCCCACCGUCUCCUACUUCCUGAAAGCUGCAGCGGGCAUUGAGAAGGGGGCCCGGAACACAGGGAAGGAGGUGGCAGGCCUGGUGACCUUGAAGCAUGUGUAUGAGAUCGCCCGCGUCAAGGCCCAGGAUGACGCCUUCGCUCUGCAAGACGUGCCGCUGGCCUCCGUCGUCCGCUCCAUCAUUGGCUCUGCGCGCUCGCUGGGCAUUCGGGUGCUCAAGGACCUCAGUGCGGAGGAGCUGGCCGCUUUCCAGAAGGAACGAGCCGUGUUCCUGGCUGCUCAGAAAGAGGCGGAUUUGGCAGCUCAGGCAGAAGCCGCCAAGAAGUGACCCGACGGCGGGACCUUAAGGGAGCAGCCGGAAGGGGGGACCCUAAGUGGGUGGGGAGGCGAGGACCCCCAAGGCCUCUCCUGACCAGAGUCUCACGUUUCCCCACGGCCAUGGGAGCCAGGCGAAAUAAACAUCUCUGUCACCCUC